CUCUAACUUUAACUUUAUAAAUAUCAAUCAAUCUCUCUCUCUCUCUCUCUCUCUCUCUCUCUUAACCAGGCUAUAGUACUGAUCUCUUACCUUCAUUCCAAUAUUUCUUGUAUUCCCUUUCUCCACUGAUCAGAGAUUCCUCUCACAAAAAACCAAGAAAGAUCAACCUCAAAACCUCUUAUCAUCAUCAUCUUCAUCUGGUAGGAAAAACUAUGGCUUACAACCAAAACAAUUCCAUGUCGAUGUCAGUCUCACCCCAAAGGAAAAUGGGCAGAGGAAAGAUCGAGAUUAAGAGGAUCGAAAACACAACAAAUCGACAAGUGACCUUUUGUAAACGCAGAAAUGGUCUUCUGAAGAAGGCUUAUGAACUCUCUGUUUUGUGUGAUGCUGAAGUUGCUCUAAUCGUCUUCUCUAGCCGUGGACGCCUUUAUGAGUAUGCAAACCAAAGCGUCAAAUCAACAAUUGAUAGGUACAAAAAGGCAUCGUCUGAUACCUCUAAUACUGGAUCAGUUUCUGAAACUAAUGCUCAGUUCUACCAGCAAGAAGCUGCCAAACUGCGUGGUCAAAUUGAGUCUUUGCAUAAAGGAAUCAGAGAGCUGCUUGGUGAGUGUAUAGACAGUGCAAAACCCAGAGAUCUCAAAAACCUGGAGAGUAAACUAGAGAGAGGAAUUAGCAGAAUCCGAUCCAAAAAGAAUGAGCUACUGUUUGCUGAAAUUGAGUACAUGCAGAAAAGGGAAAUUGACUUGCACAACAACAACCAGCUUCUCCGAGCAAAGAUAGCUGAGAAUGAGAGGAACCAAAACAUGAGCAUGAGCAUGAACAUAAAUAUGAGCAUGAAUGUGGGUGGUGGAGGAGGCUAUGAACUGAUGCAGCAGCAGCAGCAACAGCAGCAGUCUCACGAGGCACAGCCUGCGCAGCCCCAGCAGCAAGCAUUCGAUUCGCGCGACUAUUUUCAAGUGAAUGCUUUACAACCAAAUAACAAUCACCACUACUCACGCCAAGAUCCCAUGGCCCUUCAAUUAGUCUAAAUGUGGUGGGGUCAGAAGAACUGAUAGUUUCUGCUGCAAUUGAUGAUGAUGAUGAUGAUCUAGCAAAUUAUCAGUGAAAGGAUAUCUAAUUUGAUGCCAGAUGAUGAUGUAGGAAGUGUAUGAAUUAUAUAUGUAUUUCUUGUCAACUAUAUAUAUAUAUAUAUAUACAGCUAAAGCUAUGUAUAUGCAACUUUGCUGUAAGUGCAGGACAUAAUAAUAAUAAUAUAUAUCUAUAUCUAGAUAUAUAUAUUAUAUAUAUAACUACUGUAACUCUCUCUAGCAACCACAAUCUAGUGCAUGGCUAAUUAAUUUGUGAUAUUGGUCAUGAUUAUCUCCUUUGUUUGUAUAAUUAUAUGAUUAUAUAUCUUCCAGCUUUCUGUGAGAGAUGACAUACUUUAAUUGGUGAUCAUUACUAACAAGUUAUUCAUCAAACUUUUAUAUGAAACUUUUAUUUUCUAUGUAAUAUAUAUUAAAAUUUU